ACAUUUCGAAGCGUAUAUCUAUCCUAUUCCUAUUCCUAUCACCGUCGCUUCGGGUAGAAGACCUUGAACGUGUCCUCCCCCUGGCAUUAUCCCUCGUCACCAAAUCCUAUACAAAUACCCAACCAGACCACAGACGGAGAGAGAGAGAGCACUCUAGACCAAAUCUCUGAAGAAUAGUACUAGUACUAAGUUUUAGAGAGAGAGAGAGAGAGAGAGCAUCAUGUGCUGCGGAGGACAAGACGGAGAUUGCAGGCCGCUGGGCUUCCUACUGGGCCUGCCCUUCGCCUUCCUUGCUUGUCUCAUCUCCCUCGUCGGCAUCAUUGUCUGGAUCGUCGGGUUGUUGUUGACAUGUAUAUGCCCGUGUUGUCUGUGCGUUACGGUCAUCGUUGAGUUGGCCUUGGAGCUCAUCAAAGCCCCCAUUCACGUCAUCGAGUGGUUCACUGCUCAGAUCCCCUGUUAAUCUUCUUUUCUCAAUUUCCCUUUCUUGUUUACCCUUGUUUUUCAUUUUCAGAUUUCCCCUUCAUUUUGUACUUUUUCUACGUACGUAUUAUGUCUUUUCGUUGUGGAACUGAUUGCAAUUCCAGUGUUGUUUUGGUGAUAUUCUCUGUGUUGAUUAUUGGUGCUUAAUUCGUACUUAUGACUUGGUUUUA